AUGUAAAAUUAAAUCAAUAUAUAUUCUGAUUGUGAAGAAUUACAAAAAAUCUAUGAAGCAUUAUUAUGCUCAUUUGUAAGAUUAAGUGAUAUUUUAAAAUAUCAUACGACAGGAAGAUAAGAAACAGGCUAAAUAAAUACUUUCGGAGACAUCCAAUUAGACUGUGAUACACACACAGAUCAAAUAAUAUUUGACGAAUUAAAAAAAACAGGAGUAGUAGCAUACGCUUUAAGUGAAGAAACUCCAUAACCUGUAAAUUUAGGAGGAAACAAAUAUAUUGUUACUUUUGAUCCUUUAGAUGGAAGUUCAAUAAUAGGUACAAAUUGGACUGUAGGAACAAUUUUCGCAGUUUGGAAAAACGAUGAAAAAAUAUUGAUCGGACAUAGAGUUAAAGAAAUAGUAAUUUCAGGGUGUUGUCUAUAUGGGCCAAGGACAACUGCUUUAAUAUAUAAUUAAAAACUAAAAUCGGUAGAAGAGCUAUAAUUAAAACUAAAAUAAGAUAAUUCCUUAUAUUGGGAUGUUACUCAUAUUUCUUGUGUUAUUUAACCAAAAGGAAAUAUUUUUGCGCCUGGAAACUUAAGAGCUGCAAGCGAAAAUAUAGGGUACAAAAAAUGUAUUGAUUAUUGGAUGGAUAAUGGUUAUACUUUAAGGUAUACAGGAGGAAUGGUUCCUGAUGUAUUAUAUAUUUAUUUUUAAAUAAAUAAAUUUUAAUUUUUAGAUUUAUCAAAUUUUUAUUAAAGGAAAAGGGUAUUAUAUGAAGUUGCACCUUUAGCUCAUUUAGUUGAAAUGGCAGGAGGAAAAAGCAGUGAUGGUAAAAACUCGUUGAUGGAAUUAGAAAUUACAGGAUAUGAUUAGAGAUCGGAAAUUAUUGUAGGAAGCAAAGAUGAAGUUGAAAAAGUAGAAUAAUUCCUAAAUGAAAAAAUAUGAAAUAAUAAU